CUGUGAUAAGACUAAUGAUGGCUCCCUUACAAACAAACCAGACAAUAUAAAGCACUCGAGAUGCAUCUGAAAACCAACUAAUCAGGAUGCAGCCCUUCGGCAGACAGUAUGUGGUGGUCAGGCCUCUGUUUUCAGAGGAUUCCUUUGCAGAGCAACACGAGAGGAUCAACAGGAAACGCAAAACUCUACGGCACCAUCUGAAAGACUAUUUCAUUUGUGAUACGAAUCGUGCAAAGAAUGCAGCUCUUUCCUUUCUUCCAAUCAUUGGAUGGAUGAAGAACUACAACAUCAAAGAAUGGCUGCUGGGUGACAUUGUUUCAGGCAUCAGCACUGGACUAGUGGCAGUGCUACAGGGACUUGCAUUUUCCUUGCUGGCCUCCUUACCACCGGGAUAUGGACUGUACACGGCAUUCUUCCCUGCAAUAGUCUACUUCUUUUUGGGCACUUCCAGACACCUGUCAGUAGGGGCUUUUCCUAUUCUGAGUCUAAUGGUGGGGGCUGUUGUCACACGACUGGUGCCUGAUGAGGGACCCUCAGCUAACAUCACUGGAUUUGAAGGAUUGAGCAUGGAACAGCAGAGAGUUUUAGUUGCUUCCUCGGUUACUUUUGUCAUGGGCGCAUUUCAGCUCAUAAUGGGGCUGCUGCAGGUGGGCUUCAUUGUCAUGUAUCUGUCAGAUACUCUAGUGUCAGGAUUCACCACUGCAGCUGCUGUUCACAUUUUGGUAUCCCAGCUCAGGUUUGUGUUGGGACUGGACUUUCCUGGUAUAAACGGGCCACUCGCCAUUAUAUAUACUUUGGUGGAAGUUUUUAGUCGAAUCACUAACACGAAUGUGGCCGACCUGGUGACAUCUAUUGUGAUCAUGGCACUGGUGCUUAUUGUGAAGGAGAUCAAUGACAGAUUCAAGUCAAAACUGCCUGUGCCAAUACCUAUAGAAGUCAUCAUGACUGUUAUCGCUUGUGGAGUCUCUUAUGCAUUCAACUUCGAGGAGCGAUUUGAUGUGGUCGUGGUUGGGGAGAUGGUGAAUGGAUAUGAAUCACCGGUUGCUCCAAACCUGGAAGUCAUUGAAGAGAGUGCAGUGGAGGCCUUCCCUAUGGCCAUAGUAGGAUUUGCUGUGGCUUUCUCAGUAGCUAAAGUCUACUCCGUCAAACACGACUACACGAUUGAUGGGAACCAGGAGCUCAUUGCAUUCGGGGUAAGCAACAUUUUUGGGGCAUCUUUCCGGUCAUUUGCCGCCAGCACAGCACUUUCUAGGACGGCUAUACAAGAGAGCACUGGAGGGAAAACGCAGAUAGCUGGAGUUCUUUCAGCCAUGAUGGUACUGAUUGUGAUUGUCGCAGUGGGAUUUUUACUUGAGCCGUUGCCCAGGUCUGUUCUAGGUGCUCUGGUCAUUGUUAAUCUGAAAGGCAUGCUAAUGCAGUUUGGAGAGCUGCCGUUCUUAUGGAAGAAUGACCGGUCUGAUUUGGUGACCUGGGUGGUGACCUUCCUGGCCUCUCUUUUUUUGGGGUUGGAUCUGGGGUUGGCUGUAGGUCUUGGGGCGGAAUUGUUCACUGUGGUCUGCAGGACUCAAUUCCCACGCUGUUCCGUCCUGGCCAAUAUUACAGGAACUGACAUCUACAGGGAUCGCAAAGACUACAUCUCUAUUUCCGAACCUGACGGAGUUAAAAUAUUCAAAAUCCCCUCACCUAUCUUCUUUGCUAACAUUGAUUUCUUCAGAGACAAAUUGGUUCAAGCAGUGGGUUUUAGUCCCCUAAGAGUGUUGAAGAAAAGGAACAAAGCCCUGCGAAAGAUCAGAAAAAUGUUGCAGAAUGGGGAACUGGAGGUGUCAGAUGGAGGCCUUAAGGUGAGACAACCAUCAGCUGACACGUCAGAGGAUGACAGCAGCAUGGAGAGUCUGGACCAGCCCACUGAUUUCUCUGGCCUUCCAAUCCAGGUGAACUGGAACACAGAACUGCCUGCCAACAUCUCUGUCCCUCCUGUGAACAUGCACAGUUUGGUCCUGGACUUCUCUGCCGUCUCAUUCCUAGAUAUAUCUGCACUCAAGGGUCUUAAGACGACGCUAAAAGAGUUUAUACGAAUCGAAGUGGACGUCUACAUAGUUUCAUGCGAUGUGUACAUCAUGGAGAAACUUCAUCAAUGUACAUUUUUUGAUGACGAGAUUAAGACGUCCAUCUUUUACCCCACACUACAUGAUGCCAUGUUACACAUUCUGGAGAAGCAUCCAGAUCAUGGAGAAUUAGAAAAGGAUAUAAGCAUAAACUACGGAGUCAUUCGGAGAGACAGUAUUACUGUGUGAGGAACAGAAAACCCUGCUGAAAUACUCUUUAAAUCAUGCCGGAAGGGUUGUGGUAAAUGUUUUAUGAGUGCAGCCAAACAAUACGGGCAGAGAUGCAUUUCACCACUGUCACAGCACAUUAUAGGCCUAUAUUUUAGUCUGGCCACUGGACAGACACUAAACUCAGGCUGCUUUAAGAAAAGAAAACGCACUAUUUUAGUUUACAGCAGCAUACAGCCAUUGUUACCAUGUUUACUGGUGAUUUAGUGGCAUUACAGUAAAUGAAUUCAUAUUGUUUGGGAUUUAGUGACAGGACAAACUGUCACACGGAGCGAGCAGAAACAUUGGACAUUUUUGGACAUUACAAAUGUAAUUGGUUAAAACAAUAUUUGGCUGAACAAGACAGAUAAUUAACGUUUAAUGAUGAGAGUUCCUACCUUACAAACCAGGUCCUGCUUUUUCCCUGGGUUAUGGUCAUGUGCAGCACGUGUUCCUACUCAAGGGGGCAAAGUCUACACAGGUGAUUUACAUUCUCCACGGUCCUGCAAAUGUUUCCUUCUUGACGUGUAUGGACAAGGAAUGAAAAUCAUGUAAAAAUGUGGAAACUGUAACGUAUUAUUUAGUUUUUAAAACGCACACAUGUGUUUGUCAGGGCUGUGGAUGGAUUUCUGAAAUCGACAUUCAAGACGGACCAAUCAAAAACUUUACGAGCUAGCUGAAUUGCGGAAAUAGUAAAUGUAAUGCGUUAGUGAUUAUGAGAGAUUUAUAGUUUUGUUCUCAUCACUAAACUGAGUUUCAAUGUUUAAUUUAGCUUUAAUCAUAUUUUUCGGAUUGAUGAAUCUGCUCUUUUCCUGUGAAGUCCAUACCAUCCCAACAAAAAUGUAUAUAUGCUGCAGUGCCUAUGUUACUUGUUACCUUUAUAUAUUUAUUUAUGUAAACUUUGUGUAGUUUUAACAAUUCAUAACCAAUUUCCUAUGUAGAGAGUUUUGGACAGACUAACCUGACUAUAAUUAAAAACUAGAAUUAUGUAUAUUAAUGUAUGUACUUUGUUUUUGAAAAUCCUAUCAUGUAAAGACAGGUGAUUUUAUAAUGAAUGUGUGUAAACAAAUUUAUUGUAAUAAAACUAAAAGAACUAUACAUUACCUGCUUUUAAUUUUCAUUGUAUAUACACGGAAAUAUAUGUAAACAUUUAUGAAACAAAUGUAGGUUUUACAAAAAUUGCAAACAGCCAAUUAAGAGGAAAAAAAACAAAACAUUUUGUACAAUUACAUAUGUAACAUUUGCCUGUUAGUUUUCAGACCUUUCAGAACUACUCAAAAA